AUGAAGCGUGGUGUUAGCAAGGACUUUGUCAAGAUGUUCGCAGGUUCAUCCUUUGACGGGAGCGAAGCCACACAGCUUCUUGGGUCGCCAGCAUUUGUGUCAUGUACUCAGCUCUUGCCAAUGACAAUGCGAACGUUUACUGACGCUUGA